AUGGGAUCGCAAUCAUUAGACUUGAAGGCCAUUAGGUCACAUUUUCCCGCCCUGGCCCAGAAACAAGUCUUCAUGGACAAUGCUGGAGGCGCACAGGUCUUGCAGUCUGUCAUCACAUCUAUCUCCGACUAUCUGUCCAAAAACAAUGUGCAACUUGGAGCAUCUUAUCCGAUAGCACAGAAGUCGACCAACAAAUUCAAUGCCGGCCAUGCUGCAGGCGCAAAAUAUAUCAACGCUUCCCAGGAAGAAGUGGUCUUUGGAGCGUCGACCACCCAGCUAUUCCGCAAUCUUUCCGUUGCGCUCAAGGUUGAACCGGGGCAAGAGAUCAUCAUCUCGAAUAUCGAUCAUGAAGCCGACAUUGCCCCCUGGGUGCAAAUGGCCGAGUGGAAGGGGUUGACGGUCAAGUGGUGGGUUCCCACCAAGAACACCAAUUCCAACCCCAGACUAGAGCCCGAUGACUUGAAGGCAUUGUUGUCGCCCAAGACACGACUGGUUUGUUGCACACACACCUCGAACAUUCUGGGAACCAUUACCGAUGUCGCGGCGUUGUCCAAAGUCAUUCGCGAAACCAACCCCAACACUCUCUUCUGUGUCGACGCCGUGGCAUAUGCGCCCCAUGCGCCCAUCGACGUCAAGGCCCUUGGUGUGGACUUUUAUUCUUUUUCAUGGUAUAAAGUCUACGGUCCACACGUGUCGAUGUUGUACGCCAGCAAGAAGGCACAAGAGCAGCUUAACAGCCUUGGCCACUUUUUCAAGGGCCGAAAUACCCUGGAGGAAAUGAUGGGCUUGGCUGCCGGCAACUAUGAAUGCGUUCAAUCCAUCCCGGAGGUGAUUGCCUACAUUAACAAAAUCGGCUGGGAUGCAAUGGAGGCCCAGGAAGAGAGAUUGCAGGAGGUAUUAUUGGCUUAUCUGCGAUCGAAACCGGAUCAAAUCAAGAUCUAUGGUGAACCUUCUUCGGAUAGAAACAUUCGGCACCCUGUUAUCAGCUUCAGAGUCAAGGGCCAGAGUUCGCUCGGAAUUGUGGAUGCGGUUGAAGCCAAGUCGGACUACGGCAUCCGGUAUGGACACUUCUACAGCAAGCGCUUGUUGGAGAAGGUCUUAGGGAUCCCAGAUCCUGAUGAUGGAGUGGUGAGAGUUUCUCUGCUGCACUAUAACACGGUGGAAGAAGUGGUGGGGCUUGUCAAGGUGUUGGAUGAAGUCAUUAGGGAAGGGGCAGGCAAAGAAGUGCAUGAUCCCGAAAGGAAGGAUGUUGCAAACUGGUAA